CCCGACUAGAAUACUCAAGCCAUUCAAAUUUGCCUUGCGGAAACUUUUUAAGUAAGUACAAUGGCAAUGGGUGCAGGAGAGUUUGAGCAAGCUGUAGAAAAUAUUUACUCGUUUGUUCCCACCCUUGUUCUCAAAUCAGCCAUACUCCUCAAUAUUCCUGAUAUCAUCGCAAAUGCAGGCCCCAAUGCAUCCCUCACUCUUGCCCAGAUCGCAGAAAAACUCCCCACUAAAACUCCCAAUCUGCAUUCUCUUUCUCGCAUUCUCAAAUAUCUCUCAUUCAGAGGAAUUUUUGUCCAAACCCAGACGGGCCAGAAUCCAAGUGAUCCUCGAUACAGUCUCACUGAUUCUGCCAAGAUGUUUUAUGUUAGGGAGAAUAAUCCAGCAAGCCUUGUGCCACUCCUCCUCAUGCUCACACACCCGGUCUUAAUGGCGCCAUGGCAGCAUCUUCAUGAAAGUGUGCUGCAAGACUGCAAUGCAUUCGAGAAGGCUCAUGGAAAGGACUUGUGGACAUACGAGAAGGAAGACCCGACUGUCAACGACGUUUUCAACAAUUCCAUGUCGACGAUUACAAUUCUUCUAAUGGGAAAAAUCCUGAGCGGCUAUGACGGUUUCAAGGAGGUUAAAACUUUGGUUGAUGUGGGAGGAGGAAAAGGAACGGCUUUGGCACACAUUGUGAAGGCUUAUCCCCACAUCCAUGGAAUUAAUUUUGAUCUUCCUCAUGUUGUUCAGACUGCCCCAUCAGUUCCAGGUAUCGAGAACGUGGGUGGCAGUAUGUUUGAUAGCAUACCCUCAGCAGAUGCCAUAUUUUUUAAGAAUGUAUUGACAGACUGGGAUGACGAGAGCUGCAUAAAGAUACUUCAAAAUUGCCACAAGGCUUUGCCUAAAAGUGGACGACUGAUACUGGCAGAAAUCAUGACGGCAGAAGACUCAAAUUCCUAUAAAUCUAUUGAAAUAGUUUUCGAUCUGGUUAUGAUUGCCCUUGCAAACGGAGGAAAAGAGAGGAGCAUACAUGAAUUGAUGAAACUGCUUCAACUUUCAAAUUUCAACGUAGUGAAGAUAGUGGAGUUACCUGGACUUUCAAAGUUGAAGAUUAUUGAAGCAAUCAAGGUUUAAACAUAAAUCAAGAGUAAUUUGUUAAUCAUCAAAGAGAGGCAAACCACAUUUAAAUUGAUGUCUUUAAUAGGCUUUGCCUUUGCUUAUCGUUAUCAAUUUGAUGGUAACUGUGAGGGACCACAGUUACCUUUAAUAUCUCUAUACUUAUAAUUGUUGGAACAGUUAAUACCAACCAUCAUAAUUAUUUUAUCUCCUGUUCAUCCUUCAACUCAGCAGACAAGGUGCCACUCCAUUUAUUCUAUGAAGACUUUUGUUACCAAUUCCCUUAUCCUUAUCUGCUUCCGCCCAUCUUUCUAAACUCCCUUAUCAGCACAUUUAGUAUUCUGACUAGCCCAUUUGCAGCCGUGCUCAACAGUUCGAAGCAUUUUAUCUGUGAAAGUAUCUAUGAUUUUUUUCUAUUGUAUAUUGUUCUGUUGUGUAUUUUAGAUAUAGCAGAGAGUAGGAUACUCUGCUUUUCAAAAAGAACAGGAGCUCUGUUUUCUGUAUAAGUAGCGAUUUUUAAGAGAUUAAUAUAUAUUAAGCUUUUGUGUGUAAUAGCAGUAGCUCUGCUUUGUCCAUGUCUUCUAUUCUGUAAUUUAUCUGGGUUUAUAAUAGAAAGAGCUGAAGUUAUGUUGA